AUGGAAGGUGACCAGGUAUGGUUAAGUGUCUCACCCUUGAAUGGUGUUAUAAAAUUCGAGAAGAAGGGUAAGGUAAACCCUAAGUUUAUUGGCCUUUUUGAGAUCUUAGAUCGAGUGGAAGAGGUGGCCUACAAACUUGCCUUUCCACCUAGUCUAUCCUCUAUACAUUCAGUAUUUCAUGUAUCAAUGCUACAGAGCUAUAAUCUAGAUGAGUCUCAUGUAAUUUCCCAUUAUUCAGUUGAGUUGAGCCCAGAUUUGACAUAUGAGGAGAAGCAUGUGUCUAUUUUUGAUAGGCAUGUUAGGAAAUUAGGGACUAAGGAAUUAGCUUUGGUGAAGGUCCAGUGGUGGCAUCAUUCCGUGGGGGAGGCUAUUUGGGAGUUACAGUCAGAAAUGCGGACUUGUUAG